ACUUUGACGGAGGCUCGAUCUCGUCGUCGCCGUCGCGAUCCCAGUCUGCUCCUCCGCCGCUCGCGACUCGCGCGAUCCCCACGAUCCUCUCCGCCGUGCGGCGGACGGAGCGCCGCCUCGCACCGAUGGCGCUGAGCCAGACGCGCGCCUGCUCGCCGGCGCUGUUGAAGCUAGGGCUGGGGAUAAUGGCUCUGUGCAUCGCCGGCUACAUCCUGGGCCCGCCUCUGUACUGGCAUUUCAGGGAGGGACUGGCCGCCGUCAGCGACUCCUCUCCCUCCGCCUGUCCUGCCUGCGACUGCGAUUGCUCUUCUCAGCCUCUCCUCUCUAUUCCCGAAGGACUCAGCAAUGGCUCCUUUGCAGAUUGUGCAAAGCGUGAUCUGGAGGUCGGUGAGGAUACAGAAAAGAAUUUUGCAGAACUUCUUUCAGAGGAACUGAAGCUGCGUGAAACUGAAGCUUUGGAAAGUCAACAACGUGCUGACAUGGCUCUGCUUGAAGCCAAGAAGUUGACAUCGCAGUAUCAAAAAGAGGCAGACAAAUGCAAUUCAGGAAUGGAAACAUGUGAAGAAGCAAGGGAAAAGGCUGAAGCAGCAUUGUUAACACAAAAGAAAUUGACAGCUAUGUGGGAAUUGAGGGCUCGUCAAACAGGAUGGAGGGAAGGAGUCACCAAAACUCGUUCCCAGUCUCAGGGAAAAGUCCAGUCGGCUUAGAAUAUCACUAGUUGCAAAAUGCUCGUGUUCAGUUGGAAAGGCACCAGGGGAAACUGUUUUACGGUGUGCUUUUACUUUCCAGGAUUGGCGUUUGGAUGAAUCUGAUCUCAAUCUCUGGCCACCGUCAAUAUCCGUUGCCAUUUUCUGUCAAGUAAGAAGUCCAUUGCGUUGUGGAGCCAUCUGAGAAAGCAAAGCCAGAUAAGAUGACCCCAGUUCCGGUAAGAUACGGUCCUUAAUACCUUAGGCUAUUAGGUUACCAUGCGAACCCUGUUGAUCUUGAAAGUGAACAAUGAAAGUCCAUUGUACUGCGAUAAGUUAUUAGGAUGUGUUAUGUAGAGAUGCGGAUGGAAUUAGUGGGCAACCCUAAAGUUCCGAAUCAAUUUGGAAAACUAUGGUCGAUUGCUGUAUUUCUAUUGCAUCAAAUUUCUGUAUGUCCUGUUCUGAAUAUUUUCUUUCAUUUGACAGAUAGGAUAAAUAUAUUGCUUUUGUAGGU